AUGAGGACUUCACUGCCAUCAUUUUUCGGCAUCGUGGUGCUGGCCACUGUGUCCGUGGCUGUUGACAAAAGCCCUGGUUUUGGCCAACGCCCUGCUCUGUGGAUCGCAUAUGAUGUUCCUACGGAGUUUGCCAACCCCAUUGGGUUGGCCCGGCCAUCAUUUCGGUACUGGGUUCCAGACGCCGACGUGGACGACAGUGUCUUAUACGCUGAUUUACAAGAGAUCAAAGCCGCGGGAUGGGGUGGAGUUGAGAUUAUUUGUUUGGAGAAUUAUGGCAUUGAGCCAGCUGUUGUAGAUCCGGCAAUAUAUGGUUACGGGGGUGGUAAUUGGAGGGGAAAGUUUGGCACCAUGCUCCGUGCUUCCCAAGAUUUGGAUCUGCUCGUCGAUUUUGCUUUGGGGCCAACGCAGGGCGCUUCAAUUCCAAUUCUGGAUCCUGAUUCUCCCGGUAUGAAUACUGAGCUGGCAUAUGGCAGCGUCAGUUUGAGCUCAGGCCAGACAUUUGACGGCCCUAUCCCGCCUCCAGGUCGCACAGAUGCAGGCUAUGCGAAUAAGCCAGACUUUUCUACUCCUGUCACAAACUUCACCAACAAGUUUGUCGCUGCUGUAGUCGCUCGCAAAAGCAAAGAUAAUCGUGUAACUCAACUUGACUUCGAUAGCGUCAACGAUAUUACGAACCUGGUCAAAGAUGGCAUUUUGAACUAUACGUCUCCGGCUGAUGGGAAUGACUAUGUUCUUUUUACAUUUUAUCAGCGUCGCACAGGCUAUUUAGCAGCGCAAGGUGCAUUUAAUAAUGCAACCACUCCCAAUAAUCCUGCCUCUUGGUUUGCUUAUGUCGUCGAUCACUUCAGCCAAGAGGGAACAGACCUCUGGACAGGGUUUACCGAGAAAUAUGUCAUGAAUGGAGGGAAUGGAGAUCUUCUGGCCCAGCUUGGCAUGUACGCAUGGGAAGAUUCUGCUGAGUUUAGAGCCACGCUGUUCUGGACAGACGAAUUGUCGUCGUACUUUCGCCAAACUCGCGACUACGAUAUCACUACAGCUUUACCAGCUCUUUUCGGUACGACUGGUCUUCCCCCAAGCACACUCGCAAAUAGCUACUUUUACUACGGCUUUAAUGACCAUGAGAAUGGAACGGAUAUAAGUUGGAAGCUGCGCAAUGACUACUACCAGUGUCUGCAAGAGUUGUACGAACAAUACCAUCUUGAUGGACUUUCUAAAUGGACAAGCAAAUGGAACAUUCAAGGAAGUCUACAGCCAUAUGCGACCGCACCUAAUGCUGCACCACCGUGGGAUAUGAACUCAGCAGCUGCACACAUCGAUGCUCCUGAGACAGAAUCCAACUAUUUCGAUGGAGUGAUUGACGCCUUUCGUGCCAUGGGAGGCGGCGCAAUGAUGGGAAAGAAGCAAAUCUUUUCCAGCGAACUUGGGGCGCACCGCUAUGAGGCAUAUGCCAUAACUUGGCCUGUUAUUCUGAAUGAUUGCAAGAUCAACUAUGCUGGUGGCGUCAACCGCAUCGUCACGCAUGGCUUCCCGUACUCUGGCAUUCGCCCGCAGGUCGAGUGGCCUGGCCUAACAACCUUUGAAUGGCUAUACUCUGAGAUGUGGGGGCCACGGCAGCCCAGCUGGGCACAUGUCCAAGAGAUGGGCGAUUGGAUAGCCAGGACACAGAUAAUUCUUCAGACUGGGGUGCCAAGAGUAGACAUUGGUAUCUAUCGCCAUAAAUACCUCUCGGUUGACAUCAAACAUUACAACAUGGGGGAGAACAUUUUCUGGGACCAUUCGCUGCAGAACGCUGGAUAUUCUUAUGUUUCCGUCAGCCCUUCGCUGCUUAAGCUUGAUAACGCCGUUGUGACCAAUGGAUUGCUUGCAGAAGAUGGCCCUGGGUUCUCUGCCUUUAUCGUGGACAAUUCUACAAAUAUUACUUCGGAGGCUGUUGAUCGCUUUACAGAGUAUGCUAGCAGCGGAUAUUCAAUUAUCUUUGUUGGCAGUCUGCCCGAGACAACUCCUUAUUAUUGCGAUUCAUGCGACCAAUACGUCAAGCAAGAAAUGCAGAAACUACUGACAUAUCCUACUGUUAGAAGUUUAGAGUCGGAGAGCGAAGUGGUAAAUGCUUUGAAAGAGCUAAACAUUCAGCCCGCAGCGGAAAAUUUAUCACCAGUUCCCAUAUUAUACGUCCAUAGAAUCGACGUGGAUAAUCGCGCUGACUACUACUGGGUGUACAACUCGGACAUAUACCAAGAUCACGCUACAGUAGCUUCUAUAAAAGGCACUGGCAUUCCUUACACGUUGGAUGCUUGGACGGGCGCCAUUGACCCAAUUCUUAACUACACCAUCUCUGGUGAUAGAUUCAACAUUUGGAUCGAACUGCAAUCAAAUCAGUCGACCAUCCUUGCUUUUGCACCAAAAGGAUUUUUUUCCAAAACUCAGGCUCCGGAUGUCCAUGUUGUCAAAACAAACGUCGAAUAUCUGAGCUACUCAGCAAGCAGCCACUCUAUCAUUGCUCGCUCUUCAUCACAAGGGCAAAAAGCGAUCGCGUUGAGUAACGGUCAUAAUUUUACACUAAGUGGCUUUCAAGAGCAAACUACUCCACUGGAGCUUGGCCCUUGGAACGUCACUAUACAAGAUUGGCUGCCUAACCCAGACAGAUUUAACAACUAUACAUCGAUAUUCCAAUACCAUAACCUCAACCUUGAUACAUUAAUUCCUUGGUACAAUAUUUCUGGCCUCUCUAGUACAUCUGGACUUGGUACAUAUACAACACACUUCGCUUGGAAUCCCACCAAAGACAUUCAUGGUGCGUUAAUAGACCUUGGUCCUGUCUUCAACACUAUACGUCUCUGGAUCAAUGGGCACUGGACAGGCCCUAUCGAUAUCACAGACGCAAUUGUCGACAUCACUCCAUUUUUGAUCAAGGGCCUAAAUGAUGUGAAGAUUGAAGUAUCUUCAACGUUGAGAAAUCGGCUGCUGCAAGUCAAUGUCACCCAAUCUUGGGAGCAAUCACAGUACGCUAGUAGCUAUGGUGGCCAACCGUAUGGACUCUCUGCCCCUGUCAAAUUAAUUCCCUUCACAGAAAUUAGGAUUCCAGUUUAA